GCCCACCAGUCUAAUUCUUUUUUUCAGUUCCAUACUAGGAGGCGACAAUAAAACGUGAUUGUGAUUACAGGUUAUGCAAUGUGCAACAAAAGACUCUACACUCCAGGGGCACGUUUGUCAGCCUGUAACUUAUUCAUCAAUAAACCCCAUCCACGGACGAACAAGUCAGAACUCACUUUUCAAUUGUAAACAUUAUGCAUCGUUGCAGAGGUGAACCAGUUCCCACCAGUCACACUGACAGGUACUGCCGGCCAGCAGGUUCCGGAAAUCAGCGCCGUUGCUCCGCACACGCACAUUACGCACAGCGCGUAGGGCACCAAGUGCCAGCGGGAGCACCAAAAAGUCAGGCUCGUGAAAAAAUCAUCAGAAUAGGCUAGGCACUAAUAACGAUAUGGCACCACAAAACAUUUGUGCUUAGGGCACAGAAAUAUCAAGCAACGGCGCUGCCGGAAAUGGAUCACUUUACUCAUUUUAACUUCACUCAGGCUGUUCCUCUCUUUGUUUCGCAGGCUGUUAAUGCUUGUGGGCGAAAUCCUGACCUGAUGAUGGGGUGUCAAAGUAAAUCAUCUGGUGAUGACUUUGCACAUAUGUGCAAGUCACUGCAGAGAGAGCAGAGGAACCAGUUCAGCAAGUUUGACAAAUUUCCAGUGCUCUUAAUUUAACAUGACAACAUUACCUUCCCAGAUAUCGGAUAUGGUGUCGAUUUAGUUCAUGAAACUCGAGUGAGUCAUGUCGGGAGAAGAAGACUUCGACGACCUCACGUCUUUUCUGGGAGACUUUGGUCCCUUUCAAAUUCUGAUGAUUGUUUUGCUCAGUUUAUGUACAUCUCCGUGCGGGUACAUGGGGACAAUGGUGGUUUUCGUUUCGGAUACUCCAGAGCAUCACUGCAAAGUGGCCAUCAACUCCAGCCGGCUCGGACCUGACAGCUGUUCUCGUUACAAAGCGAACGGAAGCUGGACGGAGACAGUGGGACUCAGCAAUGACACGGAGCAGUGUCUGGAUGGAUGGGUUUUUAGCACUGAGAUACACACUAUUGUGUCCGAGUGGGAUCUGGUGUGUGAUAAUGCAUGGAAGGUCCCUUUUUCCACUUCCUUGUACUUUGUGGGAGUCUUGAUUGGAUCCUUGAUUAGUGGUCAUCCCUCAGACCGGUUUGGCAGAAAGAAGGUUUUUUUUUUCAUCUUGAUCAUACAAGCAGUCACAGCUUUGAUCCAGGCCGCCUCUGUCAGCUGGGCCAUGUUCUGCGUCCUCAACGCUCUGAGAGGACUUGGCCAGGUAUCCAGUUACAUUGUGACGCUCGUACUGGGGUCCGAGUUGCUCAGCAAGUCUUCCAGAGUGAGCUACACUCUGCUGGGCCACAGUGUAGGUUUUGGCAUCGGUUAUAUCUUGUUGCCACUCUGUGCUUACUUCAUCCGAGGAUGGAGGAUGCUGCUGGUUGCUUCUGCCAUCCCCAGCAUAUUAUUUAUUCCACUGUGGUGGGUCAUUCCUGAGUCUCCACGUUGGCUUUUGCAGAAGGGUCGGGUGGAAGAGGCUGAGCUUGUCAUACGUAAUGCUGCCAAAUGGAACAGAGUCCCUACCCCUGCGGUCAUAUUCAGGACUAGCGAGUGCUUGGAACUAGUGCAAAACAAUGUUGAAGAGGAGAGGAUAUACACUUAUAUGGACCUGAUACGCACCCUUAACAUGAGGAAUAUUAUAAUGCUAGGUGUUUUCCUAUGGACGUGCACUUCCAUGAUCUACUAUGGUCUCUCUCUCAAUACUAGCAAUCUGAAUGGAAAUGCUUACCUCAACUGCUUCAUUUCAGCAGCUAUUGACAUUGUGGCAUACGUAGCCACUUGGCUGCUGGUCGGCACUGUGCCUCGACCCACUCUCCUCUUCUGCACACUGAUGCUCUGUGGCGUCACACUCCUGGUCCUCCAGCUGGUUCCUGAAGACAUGGAUGUUAUGUUCCAGGUAUUUGCCUUGGUGGGAAAGAUGGGUGUGUCUGGUGCCUACAGUUUCAUCUAUGUGAUUUUUACUGAGCUGAUCCCCACUGUGGUCAGGAACAUGGGCUUAGGGAUCACCUCAACAGCUGGACGCAUAGGCAGUAUCAUCUGUCCCUACGUGAUCUAUUUGGGUGUCUACAGUAAGAGUCUGCCAUACAUCGUUUUUGGUACAAUCAGCAUCAUGGCUGCUGCUAUUGGCAUGUUGCUGCCAGACACCAGAAACUGCAAACUUCCUGACCUUAUCAGCCAGGCCAAACCCAUCAGAGGCUGCUGCUGUCCAAAGGAAACAGCUGAAGAGCAGCCAGACGCAACUCAAGCCUGUAAAGAAAUGAUCAAGAGCGCCUUCUGCUGAAAUAAAAUCACAAAGUGCGACUGAUCUAAAAAUCUGUCAAAAUCAAAAUGUCUUUGAUUAAACAAAUACAGUUUUCAGAGGGAGGGUGUUGGCAGAGGGAGUUCGUGCCCAAUUAUUUUGAAUUGUUUUUUUUGUUUGUUUUGUUUUUUUUUUUUAUAAGAAAUUAGGCCUUGUACCAUUGCCAAUAUUUUGUUGCCAAUCCAGGAUUAUUUAAAACAUUUAUUAACAUUGUAAGGGAAUUUCAGUUUUACAUUUUUUUGCUGCAGUUACUUUAAUGAAAGCAAAUUAUCACACAUGCCACAAGUACCUUAAAAGAAUUAAUUCAGAUGAAAAAAUAUACUUUGCUACUGAUAGCAUACUUUAAAUAAAGUAUUCUAAGUAACUUUUACAUAAACAAAUCAUUUAAAUCAAUCUUCAACACUGUGCAUCGUAUCAGCAAUCUACUAAUGUUAUAUGACAAUACAUCAGUCACAGGUGCUUUCUAUAGUACUUUUACUGUUGGUACUUUCAGUAUAUUUUGCACUUUUACAUAAAUAUAAAAUAAUCUGAUUAGUAAUCUGAUUAGUGUAACAUUGUGGUAUACUGAAUACGUCUGCCUUUCUAUCAUCCUUUGAAUAUAAGACACACCUGACAUAAUUCCUGGGAAACACACAUCUGCCUGAAUCUAAAAGCAACCGUACAUUACUGAUUAUUUUGUGCUGUAUUGCACCAUCUUGUGGUGGUUGUACAUACAGCUAAAGAGGUGGGUUUUUACUCUUGUGCAACUGGUACAUUCAAAUUAAAAUUAUAUACUAAUA